UGCUGACCUGCUCUGACACCAAGACGCUGCAGGAGAGCAAACAGAGACCGGUGUGCCUCUCGGUGCACGGACACUGGACUGUGGAUUAACUUCACUCAAGACUUCUCUCCUCUUGGGACUGUGGACUCACUUAUCUCAUCGGCUUCUUACCUCUCUGCUCCCUCAUCUCCUUUUUUGGUGGACAAUUUUACCCAUUUCCCUGUUCUCUGUUCAUUCACUACACUCAGGAUGUUUUACCUCCUUGGUUUGCAUCAUAUCAUUUGCACCCUGUUUGUGCUGUCCGGAGCUGCAGCCAUGGCAGAGGGCGAGUGCCCAGCUGAGUGCUCGUGCACCCCGUCCCCCCCACCGUGCCCGCCGGGAGUCAGCUGGGUGAGCGACCGCUGCGGCUGUUGUAAAGUGUGCGCCAGGCAGUUCAAUGAGGACUGCAGUGCCGGCGAGCCCUGUGACCACAUCAAGGGCCUACGCUGCCACCUGGGGGCCGGGGGAGACCCUCAGAGAGGCCUGUGUCGAGCGGAGGCCCAGGGCUUGCCCUGUGAGUUCAGUGGACGGGUGUACCAGCACGGUGAGGACUUCCAGCCCAGCUGCCAGCACCAGUGCACCUGCAUGGACGGGGUGGUGGGCUGCAUGCCCCUCUGCCUGCACCAAGUGCCCCUGCCCGACUGGCUCUGCUCUCAGCCCCGGCUGGCCAGGCCACAGGGCGGCUGCUGCGAGCAGUGGGUGUGUGAUGACGACAACCACAUCAGUGAGGAGCCAGAAGAGUCGACACACACCUCCCUGCCGGACGGCCAGCCCCUCCCCAACCACAUCAGCCAGGUCCUGGCCCAGCUGCAGCCUCGCCACCAAACCGACGCCGGGGGGGUCACCUUCAGCGUAAUGACAGUCCCCAAGUCUGAGGUGUUGCUGGAGUCUGGAUGUUUCCCGCAGACCACCGAGUGGACAGAGUGUUCCACCACAUGUGGGAUGGGCAUCUCCAGCCGCGUGACCAAUAACAACCCGGAAUGUCGUCUGAUCAGAGAAACCAGACUGUGUCAGAUCCGUCAGUGUGGCCUGCAGCUUCCUCUUGUUGUCAAUAAGAGGGGGAAAAAGUGCCAGCGAACCAUCCGUCCCCAGGAACCAGUCAGAAUCACCUUCGCCGGAUGCUCAACGGCACAGCGGUACCGCCCCCGCACCUGUGGUGUCUGUACCAACAACCGCUGCUGCAUGCCCUCACUGUCCCGCACCGUGCGGCUUCUCUUCCGCUGCCCGGAUGGGGAGGGCUUCUACCGAAACGUCAUGUGGAUCCAGCGCUGCAGCUGCAAAACAAGCUGCAGCAGUGGCCACGGCCCCUCCAGUCCCUCCGUCAGCCUCCACAAUGACAUCCACACCUUCAGGCACUGAGGGUGACUCACCAUGCCCAGCCCUGGCCUGGCACACUGGGCAAAGACCCUGCACUUGGCUCCCUACACCUGGCUCCUCCCUGUCUGUCAACAGGGUGGGAACCUCUCCCUCUUCAAACCAGACUCUAUGGCAGAGUGAAGCUCUGCCAACCCCUUCCUCCUACCCACCUCACCCCAACCAGGCAACACACUCGCUUGCACUUUAAGCUUCCUGCCACAAUGACAUCAGUUUGACCACACUAGAGGUGUGUCGCUAUAUUCAGUAACGAACUGUUACCUUUCUAGAGUGAGGGCGGCACUGAAGACAACCCACUGCAGGACGCAGUGUCAACUGUUGGCGGAAUGCUUUUAUUGAAACUUUUUAUUUAUUUGUUUCCUUUUGUCCAGUUUCUCUGUUUCCACAGAGUAAGGGAUGUGACAUUUUGUCCUUGUGUCCGUGAAAGUGAGCAUUUAUGAGCAAUGGCAGGAAAUUUGUACAUGCAUCUUUGGUCAGAUGCAUUUCUGGAUGAAUGAGGAAAAGCUAGAAGACAUAGACAACACAGUCAUCAGUGAUUGUACUGACUGUGUAGUGACUGUGCCCCAGCCUUUGUGACACAGUCCCACACAUGUAUUGAUUGUGGAACUGAAUGUGUAUCUGUAUGUGUAUCUGUGUGUGAGUGUGUGUGUGUGUUUUUGUGCAAGCAUAUUGGUCUUUGUGUUUAUUAGGCAAAGAAGGAGGAACCCUUACAGGAGAGUUUACAAGAGAAUGUGUACAUUACGCUAUUACAGUAUAUGGAUUAAAAAGUAUAGUGUAUAGACUUCACUCUCAGUUGUGGAGUGGUAAAUUUUUGAAGAUCGCCUCAUUUUUCGGGGUGUGAUUUUAUGUGUCCCUCACAAUGUAGAUACUUUACUUGGGGGAGGAAUACUAUAUAUUUAAGACGUAUAUAUUAUGCUCUUUCAGUGGAUUAUUUUGACUGUAAGCUUCAGUAAUUAACUACAUCAAAUAAA